CAAGUUUGAGAAAAAAUUAGACAAGGGGUUCGUCCCCUAUCCUUAAAGUUUGGAUUUCUUGGAUAUGAUGGCGGCAUCUUACUUUCCCUUUUAACGUCCCACAGCCCAUGUGUCAAAAGAUUUGAAGUUACAAGUGAUGCACAUUACAUGUUUGAUGAAUUUCUCAAAUGAAAUUCAAGAUGCAUGUGUUGCUGAACUCUGCUUGGAGACGCUGUUGGCUUCAAAAUAUGAGUGCCCAUAAUUUCCAACAACUUCCAGUCUGCCACUACUCCACAUUGCCGCCAAUAUCUGCACCUCCCCAGUUGCAAGAGCUCUGCAGUAUCGUCCUGAGCACUGUUGGUGGGCUAGAUGAUCUGGAGUUAAGUCUAAACAAGUUUAGAGAUUGCUUAACUUCAUCUCUUGUAGCUCAGGCUAUUGAAUCUAGUAAGCAUGAGGCACACACUAGGAGAUUGCUCAGGUUCUUCUUAUGGUCAAGUAAGAAUUUGAGUUAUGAGUUGGAAGACAAGGACUAUAAUUAUGCUCUUCGAGUUUUUGCCGAAAAGAAAGACUACACAGCAAUGGAUAUCUUGAUUGGAGAUCUCAAGAAGGAGGAUCGAGUCAUGGAUUCCCAGACUUUUGGUCUUGUAGCUGAGACUUUGGUUAAACUGGGAAAAGAAGAUGAGGCAUUGGGUAUUUUCAAGAACUUAGACAAGUAUAAGUGCCCUAUAGAUGAAUUUACAGUUACUGCUAUCAUUAAUGCCCUUUGCUCCAGAGGGCAUGCCAAGAGGGCUGAAGGGGUAGUUUGGCAUCACAAAGACAAGAUUAAAGGCACAUUACCUUGCAUAUAUAGAAGUCUUCUUUAUGGGUGGUCUGUGCAGAGGAAUGUGAAGGAAGCCAGGAGAAUUAUUCAAGAAAUGAAAUCAGAUGGGGUUAUCCCAGAUUUAAUUUGCUACAACACAUUCCUCAGGUGCCUUUGUGAACGGAAUCUUAGACAUAAUCCUUCAGGACUUGUGCCUGAAGCUUUAAAUGUGAUGAUGGAGAUGAGGUCUUAUAAGGUUUUCCCAACCUCAGUCAGUUACAACAUAUUGCUUUCUUGUCUAGGGAAGACCAGAAGAGUUAAGGAAUCUUGUCAAAUAAUUGAAACAAUGGAAAAUUCUGGUUGUGCUCCAGAUUGGGUCAGCUAUUAUCUUGUGGCAAGGGUGCUGUUUCUGAGUGGCAGAUAUGGUAAAGGGAAAGAGAUAGUGGAUCAAAUGAUCGGAAAAGGUUUGGUACCAAACCAUAAGUUUUACUACAGUUUGAUUGGUAUUCUCUGUGGGGUUGAAAGGGUAAAUCAUGCUCUUGAACUGUUUGAGAAAAUGAAGAGAAGCUCAUUGGGAGGUUAUGGACCAGUUUAUGAUGUGCUCAUCCCAAAGCUUUGUAGAGGAGGGGAUUUUGAAAAGGGAAGAGAUCUUUGGGAUGAAGCCACAUGUAUGGGCAUCACUCUUCAGUGCUCAAGGGAUGUUUUGGAUCCUUCAAUAACAGAAGUUUACAAACCUAGAAAGCCAGAAAAAAUCAGCCUUAUGGAGGAAAGCUUAAUUGACAAGUCUCCACAGAAAGUCACAAAAUUAGACGGGAAAAUGAAGAUGAGAAAAUUUGUUGGGAAAAUGAAGAUGAGAAAAAAAUCUGCUGGAAGGAAGAAGAAAAAGAAGUAAAAAAUUCUGCAGCAAAGUUUUGUAGUUUUUGCUCCU